UCCCUUGAACAAUCAAUGGCUGAUUUCAAAAUUAAAGAUGGACAUGUUUUUAAGGGAAUUGUAGCUUCAAUGCCAGAUGAGCCUAGAGCAUGUGGCUGUGUGCAGGCAACCCCAGUAAUCGAGAAUGUUGCUCCUUAUUCCUCCAUUGAGAAUAUCUCAGUUCAGAAACUGACACCAGAGUACAAGAUUGGAAUGGAGCGUCUGGUGAAAUCAAAGACUCCGCCAAUGAAGGCUUCAGAGCUCUGGCGUGAUAAACCAGCAGUGAUUCUAUGCAUUCGUCGCCCUGGGUGCAUCAUGUGCAGAGCUGAAGCCCACCAACUCUAUGCAAAGAAACCAAUAUUUGACGCGUUAGGGAUUCAAUUAUUUGCUGUUCUUCAUGAGCAAAUAGAAGCAGAGGUAAAGGAUUUCUGGCCUCGAUAUUGGGGUGGUGUAGUCCUCUUCGACAGAAGCAUGGAAUUUUAUAAAUCUCUGGGAGGAGGAAAUCUUCUAAAAGAUAAGUUCAUAUCAGGCUUUCUUUUUAACCCUAGAGCUAUUGCAAAUUACAAGCGAGCAAAAUCCAUGGGGGUGGAGCAAAACUUCAGGGGUGAAGGUGAGAUAAAAGGAGGACUCUACAUUGUUGGCAGAGGAAAGAGUGGAGUAGCUUAUCAAUUUAUUGAAAGGAAUUUUGGAGACUGGGCACCCCAUGCUGAAGUUUUUGAAAUCUGUCACCAGUUGCAGAAUCCACGGGGAAGUCAGUUAGAGUUGCCCCAAUCAAUACAGCAACGGGAUUAGAUAUGGUUAUUGCUUCUAUGCACCAUGCCCUUGCUUUUGAAUAUUAAGCUCAAGAAGCUAUCUCUUCCAAACUUCCAACUGUUAUGUUUCAUUACCACAGCAGUUUUAUUGUACGAAUAUCACUACUGGAGUGUUAGAGUCUAUCGAGACUGGCAAUAUAUCUGUUACUUGUGAAUCACAUAAAAUAGAAGUGUCAUUUUGUA